AUGAAAAGGUUCACAGGUCGACGACGUAGAACAAGCCCACAAGAAGCCAACGAGCCCACAAGUCCACAAGCCCACAAGAAGUCAACGAGCCCACGACAAGUCAACGUGCCCACAAGAAGCCCACAAGCCCAAAGGAGUCAACAUGUUUUGCGACAUAGGACCAUUACAGCCCGCAGCCAAGCCCAUCCCAGCAGUUGGGGUCACUGUGUACUCAGCAUCUUCGGCUACGAAUACAGGCUCACUCACACCCGAACUUAUAUGCCACCCAGUCCGGCGCUGCAGGCCGAAGCCCUUCCCUCAGACCAUUACAGCCUGCGGUUCGAAAUCCCUUCCGAUAAAGGUUGGGAGUCGGGCUCCAUCGGACCAUUACAGCCAGAAGGAGAACUCCUUCCCGUGAGGGUUAGAGACUGGACGAGCAUAUCACCUGUCCACGGACUACCUACCAUCUGGCCUUAUCACAAUUAUGCUUAA